AUUUCUAGUUACACAUUUAAUAAAAAUCCAUUCUUUGUACGUGUAUUAAUAGUACGUGGUGCGCAAAAAGGGGAGAGAUCUCUCCCCUGUUAUUCAUUCAGUUGUACGUUAUAUUUAAAACAGGAAGAUCUUUUCAAUUGAAUAACAAUGCUGCAAAUGAUGAUAGAUUUUGGUAAGUGACUACAUGCGAUAACUCUUCGUUAUUAACCAUGAAGAAUCAAUUUAUUUCUAGUUCAAUCGCAAUAAACCGAACGUUUCCUAUUAUUCGUUUAACUAACCGGACAAUCAUUUCAUUAGAAUAUUUUAAAUGAAAAAAAAAACAAACAAAUUUUGAAUAUAACAAGGAUCGCUUUUGCUACGAGUCUUUCAAUCUUAUCAUUUUAAGUGUUCACAGGUCAAAAUGGUUAACUCCGCUUCUUGUUAAAUUUUAGCCAACCGUUUGAUUGCCCAAACGAUUCAUUGGUUACGUAAUUUCAUCAAUUCCCUCUACUUGUUAUCUCGUGGAGUUAAUCGAUCUGGCAAGUAAGUGGUUCAGCCGUAUUUUUAAAAACGAUUUAUCUCUUAAAAUCACUAUUUUCUACUAUUCCUUAGAUACGUGUAAUGAUCGUAACGAUCAAUCUGUAGCGUAAUAAAUCUUAUCUUAUCUUUAUUAUUCUCCUGAAAGUCACGGUUACCGACUCCGCUAACAGAGGUGCGUUUCUUCUUCCAUUGAAUUCAUUACGUAAAUUCAAUUGUAUGUCUACUAAUAAACGUAUAUUUCUCAAUGACCGACACGCUCUUCGUACGAUGCGGAGCGUGUGUGCGCGCUCGCCUCGGAUCCGCGCUAUUAAGAAUAACCAAAGGUGAUUACCAUUUUACUUUCUACGGGGGCCACGUUACACAGCAUGCAAAUGCAAUAUUCUCUUGGCAACUGGCUGCGGUUCCCUUGCGAUUUACGUCUGCGAUGGCUCGUUAGUAGUCGCUCUUGGUAUCGGCUUAUUAUAUGAACGACGUACAUCAUCGCUUGACUUUCUGAUCGAGUUUGCCGACUAAUAACAGGAAACAGUGACCUUCUAUUUAGUAGACAGUAGCAUGUCUGGGUAUGUGGUGGCCAGUAAAGUGUCCGAUUGUUUGACGGGCACCCGGUACUCUAUGAUUUUGCACGCUAAACCGACGAACGUUCAAUUAUUUUUCGAUCUCCACGACAGAUCUCGUUACGUUCGUUAAAUUACAGAAACGUUCGAAAUAUUGCUCUUCUCUUUGUCUGUUGGUAAUCUCAUCGAGCAGCGUGACAAAUUAGCAGCUUAAUUGUACGUCUCGUAUUAGUAGAAAAAGCGCCAGUGACGCGAGUUUCUUGAGUUUUGCAAGUUUCGGCACGAUACGAUGUAAAUGAUUUUCGUAGCAACGCGUGUUUCAUUUGUGCUACCUUGAGCAAGCAGAGUAAUUGUUUGCAGCGUGUUGGAAAUUUCAAUAAUUUCUUUAGCUGCUUUGAUAGCCUCAUUGCCGAGGAACGGUCUAAAGAAGAAGAUGGCACGAGGUUUGUUCGUGUCUCAAGCGUUCCGAUGUAUUGAACGAAGCGACGUAUUACUGGCUAUUGUUUGAACAAAAUUCGAUAUUUUAUUUAUUUCGCGUUAAAUUAAAAGAUAUCGAUGAUCUAGGAAACGAGUGAAAAUUAGCGAAGAUGUACGGCCUAAUUCUGGAAAACAUGUCCGAGUACAUACGACAGGUGUACGGGGAAGAUAGAUGGGAGGAGAUCCGACGACAAGCAUCCGUAGAUCAACCUAGUUUCAGCGUUCAUCAGGUCUACCCUGAGAACCUUAUACCGAGAUUAGCGAAGAAGGCUAUUCACGUACUUGGCGUAACGGAAAAAGAAUUUUUCGAUCAGAUGGGUGUACACUUCGUAGGAUUCGUUGGCCAGUACGGUUAUGAUCGUGUGCUUUCAGUACUUGGGCGUCACGUAAGAGAUUUCCUUAAUGGAUUGGACAAUUUACACGAAUAUCUGAAAUUCUCCUACCCUAGGAUGAGAGCGCCUUCGUUUAUUUGCGAGAACGAGACGCGGCAAGGCCUGACCCUCCAUUACAGGAGCAAACGACGCGGAUUCGUUUAUUACACGAUGGGUCAGAUAAGAGAGGUGGCCCGACACUUUUAUCACAAGGAAUUACAGAUCGAGCUGGUGCGCGAGGAGAUUCUAUUCGACACCGUGCACGUCACUUUUCAGCUCACCUUUGAUAACAGAGCUUUUACCCAAGCCUCGUUGACUAUGACACGCGAGGAGAAGCAUUUGCCAAUAGGAGCCUCCGUCUUGUUUGAAAUAUUUCCUUUUUGUAUCGUUUUCGGAUCAGACAUGAUCGUAAGGAGUAUCGGAAAUUCGUUGAUGGUAAUAUUACCCGAUCUAGUUGGCAAAAAGAUUACACACUUCUUCGACCUUGUCAGGCCACUCAUUGCAUUCAAAUUUCACUCGAUUUUAAACAGAACGAAUAAUAUCUUCGAGCUAGUCACCGUGGAACCUAUUCUCACAGAACGGCCACCAGAUCGACAGAAAAAUGAAAUUUUAUUGAGCGACGAACUCGACUCGGUAGAUGACAGAACCUUGAGAUUGAAAGGUCAGAUGAUAUACAUGGAUAACUGGAAGAUGAUGAUGUAUCUUGGUACGCCCGUUAUGCCAGAUUUGAAUUCCCUGAUCGCAACGGGUCUCUACAUUAAUGAUCUAUCGAUGCAUGACUUUAGCAGAGAUCUGAUGCUUGCUGGCACUCAACAAUCGGUGGAACUGAAGUUAGCUUUAGACCAGGAGCAAUUGAAAAGCAAAAAGCUAGAGGAGUCUAUGAGAAAGUUGGACGAGGAGAUGAAACGCACGGACGAAUUGCUGUAUCAGAUGAUACCGAAACAGGUGGCAGAUCGUUUGAGAAACGGCGAGAGUCCGAUAGACACGUGCGAGAUGUUCGACAGCGUUUCAAUUUUAUUCUCGGACGUAGUGACAUUUACAGAGAUCUGCAGCAGAAUCACACCGAUGGAGGUGGUGUCCAUGUUGAACGCGAUGUACUCCCUUUUCGACACGUUAACAGAACGGAACCGGGUGUAUAAGGUUGAAACUAUCGGCGACGCCUACAUGGUGGUAUCUGGUGCACCAGUGAAGGAGAACGAUCACGCAGAUCGUGUGUGCGAUAUGGCGCUCGAUAUGGUUGAAGCGAUAACGGAUCUCAAAGACCGAUCCACAGGUCUUCAUCUUCAAAUACGAGUCGGUAUUCAUAGCGGUGCUGUGGUGGCCGGUAUAGUCGGCUUGAAAAUGCCACGAUAUUGUUUGUUCGGCGAUUCGGUGAACACGGCAUCUCGUAUGGAGGCAACCAGCCAGGCAAUGCAAAUACACAUAUCAGAAUCCACGCGAGAACUAUUGUCACCGUCGUAUAAAGUUAAAGAACGAGGGGAGAUAGAAGUGAAGGGUAAAGGUACGAUGAAGACUUACUGGUUAGAAAAAAGGGAGCAUAGAUCGUCAUCGACGAAAGGAAUUACCAUUCAAGAACCGACACAGUGGAACACGAGAAACACCGAGAAGAGAGUAUCCGCAGGGACGCCGGCUGCUUUCACGGCAGCCACCAUGUACGAAAAUCAAAAUUGCUUGGACACGUUGUCUAGGAGAGGUUCGAAUAUCGUCUCGCCAACGCCUGCAGAUUCGACGUUCAUCCCUGAAGAAAGAAGAAUUUACUCGCCUAUCACGUUCCAAGAUGUUGCUCGUCGAUCAGUGGCAAAUUCACCGACGAAGAACGCCGAUUCGAAAGAAUGCAGGUCGAACUCGAUGGGUGCGGUGAUGACCAGGAACUCGGAGAUGUUCAGCUGCCUUGUGAGCGACACCGAGGAACACUUCAGACAGCACAGGGACAGUUUAUCGCCCCGCGCGGAGAACCGAUCGGCCGGGAUACACCCGAAACCAGAGCUGAACGUGACGAGCUCGAGCUCGUCGUCGGAGGAGUCUCGCGACGACAGAGCUGCGUCUGCCGAUUCCGAUGUCUCGAAGCGACAGAAGAGCAAAGAGAAUUACACCACGUUCCAUAGCGAUCUCAGCAACUCGCAGUCGUUGACGCACCAGGAUCAGUGUUGUCCUGGUUUCACGAUGUCGAAGAGCGGCAAAACGCGCCAUCAGAGCAACGGAUGCUGCAUCGCCUAGUAGGACAAGCCGAGAGUCUAUCCGUCGAUUUGCCUUCUCGACGAGUUGACCUCGUUAUUUCGACGGUGUGUACACCGAGCGUGAUCGAACUCAUGGUUGCGAGUAUACAGAGUGUCCCACGCAACUGGAACAAGCUACAGCUCUGAAAGGAUAGAAGAUAGAAAGGAAAAUUCGUUGGACAAAAUCAAUCGAGGGCGAUGGCAAUUAAUCGCUUCGAAUAUUCCGAAAUCACCUGUUUAGAGUAGCAGGAUCGUUCAGAGACUGACGACCCAAGUAGUGUUGACACGACGACGAUACAAAUGCAUUCUGAAAAGAUUCUUUGAUCGCAACUUUGGUACGUGUACUUGGGCGUUUCUCGCGAUAUCAGUUUGAUUCGAACGAUUACGACGUACACUUUCGUCGCGAGUUCAUCCGAGCAUCGACACAGUUUCCUGAAUAGCGUUCUCCACUCGAGAACUUUUUCAAUUUCGCAAAAGAUAUCGCGUGUCUGCUUUGACACGUCUAUUGAGAUUUUCUGUAACGAAAAAUGGGCGGCCAUCGAGUUCUCGCGUCUUCGUGAUCUUAUCGUUGUUUGAAGAAACAGGGACGAUCUUAAGAUUACAUUAAGAAAAAGCGAAACUCUGUCUAGCGAAACUCUCUUCUAUCUUUUAGCGUGUCAGAACGACAGCUUGUCCAAGUUGAGUGGGACACUUAGUAUAUCGUUCAUUUUUCAUUGGUCGAGCACUGACACCCUUAGGACGACGUGGAACCCGCUUUAUAUUUCGCUGAUGGUCGCUUUUAUAUUUUGAUCGCGGGAUUAGCGUCGCAGAGAUUGCGUCGGUCGUUGGAAACUGUCGUUUGAAAUAUUUUCGUUUAUUAAAUUCGAGAGAGAUAAAUUUCGACGUUUCACUGGAAUUGCAGUGUUAACUUUGUGACGGUGACACACGCUACUAUCAACGUGUGAACUCCGAUAAAGCUACACUAUCGCCAGCAUAAGUUUAAGACACUUUCGGUGUGAGACGAGAUUGCGCCAUUUGACGCAAAUUCCAUGUUUCUCGUUGUCUUCGUUUUCUAGUUGUUCUACUAUAGAUCUAUCGUUUCAUUCAUCGUACGUAUAAUAUACAAAUAUCAUGUCAUUGUACAUUAUUGUUCAAAAUAUGAGAUCGUUAGGUAAUCCCAUGAAAAGUAAAAAUUUGUAAGAAAGCUUUACGUGCGGAAUUUUAUUCGAGCAAGAGAUACCACAGCAUUGAUUUCGAAUUAAUAUGUCUAUUAUGUUUCGAAUUAAUCGAAAUAAUAAAUGAAAUUGAUAGACGAUUCGCUGUAUAUGUAAAAUACAGUUGAGCAAGUGAUUUCAAGUUGUUCGAUAAUGUACGUAAAACGAUACCGAAGAGAGAGAGAGAGAGUAUAGUAAGACAAGCUGAAUAAUUCCAUUUUUUAAAAAAUGCCUUAACGUUUCUGUUAAAAUGCACGUUCGUCGAUUAAUUUGUCGGGAAUCGAACGAUGGAUGGUUCUUCAUACGCAAUGUUGGAAUUUUUGAAUUUAUGUACAGAUACGUAGACAUAAAUUUAGAAUUCUAAGCGCUGCUGUUUUAAGAAAGUAUUUAUUAUAGUUACGUUACAGACAUAAGAAGGAUAAGCAAAGUAACGUUUAGAUAGUAGUUUAAAUUAUUGAAUUUUUUAAUGUUACGAGGAACGAAAGAUGUAACAUCAAUGACGAAAAGAAAAGAUCUCGAUCAACAACAAAAAAAAAAAGGGUAGAGAUUUAUUAUCAUCACCUUCCUUUUAAUCGACAUUCUAUCGAUUAUAAAUAAUAGAAAUAUCGUGUCUAUAAAUGUUAUUAAAUAAUUAGACUGCGGAUAUUUAAGCAACUUCGUAUCUUUGUAAAUAAUUAAAACGAAACGUAGAUAGUUUAUCUUACCUACCAAAUAUAUUAACAAACGAUAAAAUACUCUGAAUAUUUUGCGUAUAUAUAUUCGCGUAUCUUCAUUCUGUGUAUUUUUGCAUUCUCAAAUUUCCCCCAAAAAAUGUAUAAAAAUCCGCAGUCUAUUUACGAUAUAUGUAUACUGACUCACGAUAGUAUUAGAACACUUACGAUUUUAGAACAAUUUUAUGUGCAUAUUGUAUAUUAAACAUUUUGAAACUUUGUUAGUACUAUAAUGAAAGGUAUUUGAUAACGAAAAUUCAUUAGUACUACGAUACUUGUCACGAUUGUAUUGGUAAAAUAUGAAAUCAGUCUGAAUAUGAAUAUAAAAAUUGCAAAACACUUAUUGCAAAUGCGUUAAUAAAAAAUUAAUAUACAGUUACAAAUAGCCAUCCGAAGGAUACGAUAACAAUAAUAAUUGUUAAUAUCCAGGUUUAACAAUGUAACGCUUAAUCGACUGUUUUUAAAUACUUUUGUCAUCUCUACGAAAUAUAAAUACAGAGUCUGUUCGACUAACACGUAAAAUCGGGCAGGACGCGAUUCUUUGCGGAAAAAUAAGGAAAAGUAUGGAAUAAAAUUUCUCGGAUCAGUUUUCGAGAAUAUGAAAUUUGAAAAUUUAUCGAGUACACCCGAACGUGGUUGAUUCGAAACUGGACAGGGUUAAACUAUCAACGAGAAGUUAUUCUACGCGUGAAAAUAAAUCAGAAACGUAGAAUGAUAUUUUCCCAUUUAAAAUAUUAUUUUCAAGAAAAUAGGAUGAAUUUUCAAACUUAUUUUUCUCGCAAACGAAGAGUCUCCCGAACAAAUGUUACUCUCACACGUACAACGAUUAUUUAUUCCUGUCCAGCCCAAUCAGUGAAAUCGGCCACGUUCAAUUAUACUUGAUAAAUUUUCGAACUAGAUUUUCUCUAAUCGUUAAAAGCUCAAGUCGAGAAUAAACAAAUUUUACUUCACGGUCUUCUCUCAUCUUUCCACGUUCGAUCGCGUCCUGCUCGCGUGUUCGCGUUAAAUGCCUCGUAGUUCUAUGUACUGACAUCUUCAGAUCGAUUUGAAACGUUAUCAAUGUAAUCAUGGUAAUCGAGUUUCGUAACAGUGGCAACAACAAAUUUCAAAAUGUUUUCUCGUAUAACGCACGCAAUACAUUGUCCGCGAGUAGUCGAAUAGUUUUCGCCACUCGGUGCACGAAUAACAUUGUUUGCUGUACGUAUAACGCGUAUUUAAUAUUUCAAACGACAGUUUGCUGCGAUUUGGCCGGCGCACGAAAAGGGAACAAGCGAGAAACGUAGCACUUGAUUUUAGCGGAAAUUUGAAAGUGGACUGUGUGCGUUGUCGAUCGAAACCGACGUUCUGCAAUUCUCAACGAUUGCAAUUCAAAAGUGUCUUAAAUGAAAUUUAUAUAUAGUAUAUUCUUGUCACGUAAGUUAAUAUCGAUACUCGUAUCGUACAUUUUAAAUCGAAUAAGAAGCAGAAAGUCACCAAGAACUUAGGUUUCUUUUAAUACUCGUCGCGUGUGACUCUUCCAGUUUCUCUGUCAGAUACUCCUUUCAUAUCCCAUUGUAAUCUCUGUUUUCGCGAAGAUGGUUCGUCGCGUCGAUAGCUUUAAAUCUAUUAAACAGAGGUGACGUUUAUCACCGAUUGAUCGACGAAAUACGAUAAGAUGAGAUGUAACAAAGUGAACGAAAAAUUGACCAGAUGAGCGAACGAAUUAGCGGAGAUGUAGUCUCUUUUCUUCUUCUUUUGCUAAUUAAUUUUAAGCUUUGUCUGUGAAGAAUAUCGUUUGAAAUGUUUGCCUGCAUUAAUUGAUUAAUUAAUCUUGAUCUCAAGCGUUAAUUCGUUACGAUGAUAUUAUAAAGUUAGAACUAUUUUCUGUUACAACUUGCACCUGACGCUAUAAAUUACGCUAAAGUCUGAUAGAUUCAUUUACAUUUAAUUCGCGUAAUAAAUUCAUUUCGGAACAAUUCAAUUGGCACGUAAUCAACGGAAGAUCACGAGGUUAAUCGGUGUUUUCUUUUACAUUGAUCUGUUGAAUUUUCAUUGGGUUUAUUUAAUGAGGAAUAUCAUGCUGUAAGAAGUAACACAAAUAAUAAAUAUGUUAAGUAUUUUCAAUAUAAUUAUGGAUGUAUCUCUUAAUAUUUAUGCUGUAUUUUAUAAAAACAAUUCAAGAACCAACUUCUAUAAAUUUAAUAUCGUCCCCUUAACUGAAAAUUAAUUUUCUUCGAUCGCAUAUCUGUUGGCUGUCAACGAACGUUGCUCGAUAAAUUCGAUAAAGGAAUAGCAAUCGUGUUACGUUUACAAAACGAUACGUACGACUUUACAGCGAAUCUAAAGAAUUAUAGCAGAUACGUAAAGAAACAAUUUUGAAAUAAUGAAAGAUUAAAAGACUAAAUGUGUAUAGUUAACAACAUAUUUUCUUUUUUAAAACGAAGAUAACGAUCGUUACGAAGUCGUUGUGUAUUUUCAAACUGUUCAAUUUUAAAUCUACGACCGAAGAAUUGUAUAUAAAAAAAAAAACUUACUCUGUUUCUUAAAAUAAAAAUGACGAAUAUAUGUAAGAACUUGUUAUAUAUGUAAUUUUCAAAUUUGCAAUUGUUUCUUAAUAACGUUACUUGUAAUAGCGUAAUUACUCGCAAUAUUAUUAUUUCGUCUCAUCGUACGUAUUACGAAAUAUGAAAGAGAUCGUGUUAUUAAAUUAUCGCUGUACGAAUAAUUUUCUGAAUAUCGUUGCUUGCUCCGGAUUUUAAUGCGAUUGAAAAUCGUUAAUCCUUACGAUUAUAUAAAUAUCGAGAAUAAAAAUUUAUACUGCGCGAUACUUACUACCUUCCACCAAGGGCUUUUAUAUUCAUCUUAAAACGCAUCUCUGUUCGUUUCUUGAAAUAAAAAA